ACGGCUAAAUCAUUUUUGAGUAAAGUAAUAAAAAAACGUUCUGCUUGCCAAAAACGAAGACGACUUUCGACCAAACUUAAAUAUAAAGUAAAACGACGACCAAAAGCUAGUUCCAAACCAGACGAACAUUAUGGUAACGCAGACAUAUUAGACGGUAUAAGAGAAGUCGAUGAUCCAUCAUUUGUAAAAGAUAUGGAACAGUUUCUGAAGACUUUAUAUGACGUCAACCGCACCACAGUAGAAGAAACUACAAGACAUCAAGCCGAAAGUGAAAACUGGAGGGCAGAAAGGAUGAUUCGACUCACCGCUAGUAACUUUGGUCGUGUAUGCAAAAUGCGUCGUAAUACUAGUUGCAAAAAUAUAGUGCAUUCAAUCUUAUAUCUAACAUUCAAUAACAAGUCUGUCCAGUAUGGUAGGGAUAUGGAAGACGAGGCAAAAACAAAAUUUGAAGAAAAGUUCGGUUACAAAAUAAAAAAAUGUGGUCUUUUGAUUGAUACGCAAAUUCCAUAUUUAGCUGCUAGUCCAGAUGGAAUUAUUGGUGAUACUGCUAUCGUUGAAAUUAAAUGUCCUUAUGCUACAAAAGACACGGAAAAUGAGAUGGAGGCUGUAUCCACUGGCAAAGUUUGUUUUCUACUAAAAAAUACCUUUCCUUAUUUAUUUUUUUAA